CUUUGAACAUUAACCAACUGAAAUUUUCCCUCUAUAAAAGGAGCUUGAGAAACCAAAGAGGUUGAAACUGAAAGAAAACUGGAGCUUAAAUGGCUUCUACGCCCGGGAUUCUCACCGAUUGGCCAUGGAAGCCUCUCGGAAGCUUCAAGUAUCUUGUUUUGGCUCCUGGCGUGAUUCACAGUCUCUACCAUUACAUAGCGAAGGAUGAGACGGAGAGAGACAUUUCAUAUCUCUUCAUUUUUCCUUUUCUUUUGUGGAGGAUGAUCCAUAGCCAAAUAUGGAUCUCUUUUUCUCGUUAUCGAACUGCAAAAGGCACCGCUCGGAUCGUCGACAAGGGCGUAGAAUUCGAACAAGUAGACAGAGAACGAAACUGGGACGAUCAAAUACUGUUGAAUGGAGUAUUGUUUUACAUAGCAAGCAAUUGUAUUGAGAAAGCUUCAAAUCUUCCUCUAUGGAGAACGGAUGGAGUGGUAAUGGUGUUUUUGCUACACGCAGGGCCAGUGGAGUUUCUGUAUUAUUGGUUUCACAGAGCUUUGCAUCAUCAUUAUCUCUAUUCUCGCUACCACUCUCAUCAUCACUCCUCCAUUGUUACCGAGCCAAUUACAUCUGUGAUACAUCCAUUUGCGGAGGAAUUUGCAUAUUUUGUUUUGUUUGCAAUACCAAUUAUGACGGCAGUGUUCAGUGGAACAAUAUCGGUGGGAGCUUAUGCUGUUUAUAUUACUUACAUUGACUUCAUGAACUAUAUGGGACACUGCAACUUUGAGUUCAUCCCCAAUCGUCUAUUCACUCUCUUUCCUCCUCUCAAGUUCCUCCUCUAUACUCCAUCGUUUCACUCGUUGCAUCACACUCAAUUCCGAACCAACUACUCCCUCUUCAUGCCAUUUUACGAUUACAUCUACGCCACGGUCCACAAAACUACCGACGAUCUUUAUUUCAAAUCCCUAAAAAGAGACGAAGAGCUUGCGGACGUGGUUCAUCUGACUCAUCUCACAACUCCCGAUUCCAUUUAUCAUCUACGGCUAGGAUUUGCCGAGCUGGCAUCCAGGCCCCAUAACUCCACGUGGUAUCUGAACUUGCUGUCCCCAAUCACCAUGAUGCUGACAUGGAUCUAUGGCCGUACAUUUAUUGUUGAAAGCAACCAAAUUGAAAAGUUGAAGAUGCAAACUUGGGCCAUCCCCAAAUUUAACGUUCAGUACUUACUUCAAUGGCAAACCGAAUCAAUAAACAGCUUGAUUGAAGAAGCUAUAACCAAUGCCGAUCAGAAGGGCUGUAAAGUCUUAACCUUAGGCCUCUUGAAUCAGGGAGAGGAGCUGAACAAAUAUGGAGAGAUUUAUAUUCAAAGAAACCCUAAAUUAAAAGUUAGGGUAGUGGAUGGGAGUAGCUUGGCUGUGGCUGUAGUGCUCAAUAAUAUUCCCAAAUUUGCAACACAAGUCCUUCUCACAGGAAAAUUUACAAAGUUGGCCUUCGCACUCUAUCAUUCCCUUUCCAAAAGAGGCAUUCAGAUUGGUGUUUUGAAUGAACACUAUAAAAAGCUCAACAAAGCUUCGAACAACUAUGAAGACACCCUAGUUCUUGCAGAAGGCCAUUCCCAUAAUCAGAUAUGGUUGGUGGGAGAAGGACUUACAGAUGAAGAACAGCUGAAGGCUCCAAAAGGCACAACUUUCAUUCCAUUCUCUCAAUUCCCUCCAAAGAUUUUACGGAAAGAUUGCUUUUACCACUGCACUCCUGCAAUGAAAGCUCCUCCUUCCCUUGAAAACAUGCAUUCUUGUGAGAAUUGGUUACCGAGGCGGGUGAUGAGUGCAUGGCGCAUUGCUGGUGUGGUGCAUGCAAUGGAGGGGUGGACAGAGCACGAAUGUGGCUAUGGAAUGUCCGAUAUCGAUCGAGUUUGGAAGGCAACACUUGGACAUGGGUUUCAGCCUUUAGACACCCCCAUUGCCUAUGGUUUGCCGUAGUUUGUAGUUUUCUAUAAUGUUAUUAGGUGUGCGUUGUAUGCGGAUUUGGAUAAAUGGGUGAGUUAGUAUGUUGUUAAAUUAGGAAAUUACUUCGGUUUAUGUGGUAAGUAAACUACUUUGGUUCUGUUCCAAAUUAUAAUUUGGAACAUAAAGUAUAUAAAAGUUGUGAUUGUGUUAAUUGCGAAGAUUUCAUACUUAAUUACAAAGAGUAAUUCAUGGUUGUUA